CGUUUCGAGAAAAAUCAGCUCGACUCGUUAGCAUGUUUGCGUUACGUUGACAGUUUGGUUUUGAGAAAUCCAAUCUCUUUCUCUCACAAUGGUAUCUUAUAUUUAUUACUAGACCAUUUUCAGCAUUCUUUGCAGUAAGCGCCUACCUCUAUUUCAGGUCGCCACAGGAUCUCUAAAGAAAUUCGAUGAAAUACGAUUUCUUUUUAAAAUAUUGUUCCAUUUCUACCACCACGGGCCAUAACUCUUAAAAGCGAUCAAAUUAAUUUUAAAACAACCCCUAUUUACCACGCCCUUGUUUGCGAACGUGGUCGACAACCUAUCUUUCUUUACGGCGCCGGUAGAUGGGAGUUCUGUCACCAAUAAACCCAUGCGGAGCUAAAACGUUUAACCAUCUAGCGCGCGGAUUAAAAAUUUUGAUAAACUGCGCGUGCUAUUCCUGGACUGUGACGAAAUAUUCAUCUAUGACGACCUUCAAGCACAGUUAACAACUGAGUAAAGUUGUCAAUCCACAGCAGCCUCAAUCUGCUAGCUUCACUAUCAACUUAUGGCCCUUUAAAUCCACGUGACCUUACACUGGCGCGGCUGCCAAACAGAUUCGGCGGGAAACUGUGAUGUGAAAAAAGAAAUGGCCACCCUCUCUCAGUCACUUGGCGAGACGGACACUUCUAAAAAGCGUCCUAAAGGAAAACAAAAAAAGAUUAAACCUGAACCGAAAGUGGAGACCUUGAAAUCCAAUACUUGCCCGAAGAAUAGAAAAUUGUGUAAGCAAAAAAAUUCCUCAGAGCAAACCAGCCCCAAAUCCUCAGUUAUCACUGCACCAGAACCAGCUUGGGAGAUUGAAUACUACGAUUCUGUCCCAGACCUUUAUCCUGAACUGUCAGACUCAUUAGAAAUGCAAGAAGGUGACACAGAACAGCUUGUCAGGAGGGAAGUUUCUCUGGAUCACUAUAACCAUGUAGAGAAUGUGCAGUGUGUUCCAACUACUUGUGAUGACAAUCUUUCUCAAGAGAGCACAAGUCAACAGGAUAAUUCCCAAGCAUCAAAUUCAGGCAGCCAAAGCAUUACAAAUGUCGUCAGACAAAAGAGGAAAUUGGCAAAACCUAGAAAGGUUAGAAAAAAACAGGAUGGUAAUGAUGUUCCAGAUACAUCAGGAAUGAAUUUUGAGCUGCAACGUAUGUAUCAAGAGACUGGAAAACAGGGUACAUGGGCACAGUGUAGCAUCCCUAGUUGCGGUAAAUGGAGGUUUCUUCAAACUAACAUAGAUCCUCAGGAGAUACCAGAAAGAUGGGUGUGUUCUUUGAACGAAAAUGAUUGCUACAAUUCAUGUAGUAUUUCACAAGAAACGUUUGAUAGUCAAGAGGGGAAUUUGGAAGUAAUGUAUACACCUUAUCCAAGUGGGGCUAUUGUGUGGGCUAAGAUGACUGGUUACCCAUGGUGGCCAGCAAUGAUGGAGAACGACCCAGAUUACGGUUACUAUUGUGAAACAGGAGAAGAUAAUUUGACUCCGGUGUCGUUCCAUGUGGUGUUCUUUGACAAACAAGUGUCAAGGUCAUGGGUGAACACUGCUUGCAUCCGUAACUUUUCUUGUGAUGAUGACCCGGAGGAUUUGGGAAAGGUGAGCGUUAAAGGAAAGAACUACAGAAGACAACUUACAGCUGCCACACGAGAAGCGCGGAGAGCAGCAAAAAUGUCACUGCAGAGUCGAUUGUCCGAAUAUGGUUUUAAAGCGCGCUAUAAAGGCACCAUCGGAGACAAAGCAGAAGAGAAGGCGCGCUCAGCAAGUCUAAAGAAGGGAGAGUUGGACGAUUCAGUUACAGGCUCAUCCAGCCAGGAAAAUUGCAGCAGUGGGCAAAGCUACGGGUCUUUCAGCAGUCCCGAAGAAAACGAUCAAGAAACCCCUCCAAAGUCUAAAAAUUGGAUAAAGAACGCUGUAAGAAAGCAAACGGAAAGCAAGACCAACACUAAAGUAAGAAAUUCUUGUAGCCCAAAGAAAAAACACAUGAAGAAAAAGAAGCAAAAGACUCAGGCAUUUAUCGUCUCGAAGGGCUCUGGUACAACCAAUCCCAAUGAAGGGGAUUCAACCGUGAAUAGUGUCGCCUCAAGUGAAAGUUCUGAAAUGUGUGAACCUACCGACGAAUCAAGAAACACCCUUAGACAGCAGGAACUUACCAUGGCUAUCGAGAAACUUCAACCAACAGUCCACAUUGUCUCAAACACCGACAGUAAUUUGGAUGAAACGCUCGGUGAGCGAGAGAACAGUGCAAAUGGAGCCAUCAUGAAACCGUGUAAAGAAACCGUUGGAGUUCCAACUGCGAGUAGAACCAAAGUCACGAAAGUCAAUAAGAAGAGGCAAAUCUCAGACGAAAUACAGGGAACAAAGAAACGAAAGAAAAGUAAGAAUGUCAUAGAAAACAUUGUCAAAAAAUUCUCCAAAGAAUCUGAGCAAGAACAGGUGGAGGAGAAUAAAAACGCCGUCGUUUUUACCAAAUCAGUGUCGUCAAAAUCAAGAGACGAGGAGAAUAAUUUAUCUGAACAGGAUAAACAGCCAAAUCAAAGUGACGAGAUGGAUGAAAUGAUUUCAAAAGAUAUUUCUUCCCUUGGAAAGGAUGUAGCGAGGGAGUCAAAUGUUUCAACGCAUGGAAAAACUCUUCCAGGAGACAAAACUAAGAAGCGAAAAUCUAUAAUCAGUUCCAGAGAUGUUUUAGUGAAAGGAAAUCCAACUAAUAACGAAACUUCAAGCCAGGAGGCUAAUAGCUCCGCAUCAAAAUUACAUGUUAGUGAUGAAAAGCCACAUAAAAGAAAAGAUCCGUCUGAUGGGAGGGAUCAGUCAAGUUCAACAAGUGAACAACGUACCCAUGAGCGAGAAAGUAACGAGUCGGCAAGCAUCAAGGAAGAAGUGUCACGUUCCCCUAGUUCAGAGGUCCUAGAUCAAAAUUGGGAAUCUAAACAGAAUCCAAAAUUUCCCGAAAAACCUGAAUUCUUGCAUAAAAAAACAGCCUCAAGCACAAAUGUUAGAGUAGCUAGCGGUGAGAAUGGUUCAGUUCGAAAGAAAUGCCUCCCUAAGUUGAUAAAGACUGCUUUUAAACCUCCCAUGGCGUCCAAAGAUGGUAAUACUAGCAAAAUUCCAAAGAUGCCCAAGCUUUUAAAGCCCCACUUUGUUAGCCCUGCAGUUUCACUGCCUGAAAGCAACCACAAACAGUUUGGAGUAGGGAAAAUAUCAGAUAAAAGCGUUGCACAUUCCGUAGCUUCCAAGAAGGAUGUUGAACCCAAGAAAGAACAGGAACUGAAGAGGAAGGCUCAUUGUAAAGAUUCUAGCUUGGCGAAUCCGACGUCAAAGAGGGAGAAGAAAGAUGACGGGAGGCACGGACGAGCCAACGACAUCUCGUCAGAAAACCUUCAAGAUGAAAUAGAAGAAAUUGACGAUGACAUCGCAAAUAUACAGAAAGAACUAAGGCUUUCAGACAGCAGCGAUACAAGUUUGCCGGAAGAGGCGAUAACUUUGAGAAACGCGGACGGACGCAUGCUUUCCGAUUCGCCAGAAUUUUAAGCCGCAAGCCUUAUUUAUGCAUCAGUAUGCGUGAUUAUAUUCAAGCUCAGAAUUUCUCGUUAGAACUAUCAACGCACUGUAGUUUAUCAAAUAAUGCAUUUGGUUCGAAAUUGUACAUUUUUUGCAGUUAUUUUUGUACACUAGACCAUUUUCUUCAAUCUUGCAGUUAGAAUAUGCUGUGUUUCCGAGAGAUUUGGAUUUAACUAAUGUUAUCGGGGACCAUUUAAUCAUUUUGGGCCUUCUAUGAAUCUAAAGAUACGAGAAAUUUUGGUCAGUUUGAUUUUGUUACAGUGUUGAUGGAGUUUGUAAUAGUCUCAUUUACUUAUUAAGAAUAUCGAUCAG